AUGCUUGUUAUGAGUUGUCCAUCCACAACCAAUGAGCCAGAGAGCUGCAGCAGCGAGGGGAGCAGCUGCACCACUUCCUCCAUCACAACCUCUGACCCGUCCUCCAUGUCCGGACACUCCGCACUACCUUCCCUUAGUGUCGGCCCUGACACCUCCAAGCAUGGAGCUCCUCCUCCUCCUCCCCUGCCGCCCCCACCUCCGGGGGCUCCCCCUCUUCCGCCACCCCUGGCGACCACCUCCACUAACCACAAUGCGAGGAAGAAGCGACGCGUGCGCAGCUUCUUCUGGAAGCCGAUCCCGGAGGAGAAAGUGCGCGGGAAGCCCAACAUCUGGACGCUGGCGGUGCGGCAGCAGCAGUACCAGAUCGAUGUCCGCUCUGUGGAGGAGCUGUUCGGGCAGCAGGAGGAGGCGCUGACGGGCAUACGAGGGGCUGCGCCAACCACUGGAUCCUCAGCUCGGGUGUCCCGAUCCCGCUCAUUCAAGGAGAGCAGUAAGGAUGAGAUCAGUAUUCUUGACUCCAAGAGGGGGAUGAAUGUGGGCAUUUUCCUGAAGCAGUUCAAGAAGUCCAACCGCUCCAUUGUUGAAGACAUUCGACAAGGAGAAGGGAAGAUUUAUGGAGCAGAGCUGCUCAAAGACCUGAUGAAGCUCCUUCCUGAUGCAGAGGAGAUCAAGAAGCUGCAGAUGUUUAAGGGAGACCCAGACAAGCUGACACUCGUCGAUUCCUUUAUGUACCUCUUGAUCCAGGUGCCACGGUUCGAGAUUCGGAUCGAGGCCAUGGUCCUCCGUGAAGAGUUCUUCCCUUCCUGUGCUGUGAUGAGCCACGAGAUCGAUGUCGUCCGCGUCGCCACUAAAGAGUUGAUGAAUUGUGAGGAGCUUCAUGCCAUCCUGCAUCUGGUGCUGCAGGCCGGAAACAUCAUGAAUGCCGGCGGCUACGCAGGGAACGCUGUGGGCUUUAAGCUGUCCUCGCUCCUCUCACUGGCCGACACCAAGGCCAACAAGCCGGGGAUGAACCUCCUGCACUUUGUUGCCAUGGAGGCGAAGAAAAAGGACGAGAAGCUCCUCAAAUUUCCAGAGAAACUUCAGGAUGUUCAGAGUGCAGCCAGAAUCUCAGUGGAGAACAUCGAGUUGGAGUUUUCCUCUUUAUAUGUUCGGAUUAAAUCCCUGGAGGAAAAGGUUCAAGGAGACCAGGAGCUACUGCGGCAGCUGGAGCCCUUUCUGCAGAGUUCAGCACAGACUCUCCAGGACCUGAAGAGACGCAGGCUGGAUCUGCGUAAAGAGGGAAACACUCUCAUCGAUUUCUUUUGUGAAGACAAGGACACGUUCAAGCUGGACGAGUGCUUCCGCAUCUUUCAAGACUUCUGCAUCAAGUUCAAGAAAGCUGUUAAGGACAACAUGGAUCGCGAGUUGAAGGAAGCAGCCAGACAGCGUCGUCUGAGAGAGCUGGAGGAGAAGCGUUUUGCGUGGUCGGGUGCAGAUCAGAGCGGGGGAUUCGGUCGCAGCAGCAGCGAGAACGAUGUGGAAAUGCUCACCAAGGAAGGCCUCCUGGACCUCUUCCAGCAGAGGUCUCAGAGUCCCCACAGCCCGCUGGGACGCUCCGCCAGCGCCCGCCGUCACCGUCACACCAUGACCUCCAUAGCGGACCGCGAACUCCAGGGAUACCUUGAGCUGUUUGGAGGCACUGGGAAUCCCACUGACUAUUCCAAGUUUAACAGCCUACCUCGGUCGGGACGCCCCGUGCAGCGGAGGACGACACCCUGGAUCUUAGCCCAGGAUGACAACCGGGAGUUAGGCUGCGACAGACAGGUGACGUCUCCAUGUGCAGAAACUGAACCUAUCAGCCCGCUGGCCAGGUUUUCCUCCUCCGGGUUAAAUGAUAACGAGGACCCGUACAACAACAACAUUAAUUACACAUCUGUAUCAGAAAGCAGCGCUCUGCCUCGCUCCUUUUGUUUCUUUCAGAAGCCUGUCCACCUUCCCAACCCAACAUUUACUGGCCACAUGAAUGUUAGUGUGGAGAAACAUACUUUAGUUCGAGGUCCUCAAGCUUUUGACCUCCCUAGUCCAAACAAUAACAGUAAUCAUAUGCACUUUGUCAACCAGGGGGAUGUGGUGGUGACAGAUCUGGAAAAGGAGAGACGGUCACCUCCCAAGAAUCUGAACUUUCCAGGUGAUAAACUUUUAGAAAGAGGAGUAGAUCUCAAGGCAGUGUGGGAAGAUAAAAUAGAUCCUCCUACACAGGCUGGGUCCUCUCCUGAAAGAGAGAAAGAAGAAGAGGACAACAGCACAGUCUCAUCAACAACCUGUGAUACAAACCUUCCUCUAGAUACCUCUGUAUCCAAUAAGAAGCCAGUGUUUUACAUCCUAGACUGCACAGAAACUGACUGCUCCGUCACCUUGGAUUAUUCUGAGGCUGAAAGUUCCUCUCUAACAAAAGAGGGACUUCACUUCAGAGCAACGGACUGCAGCAAGGAUCAGGAGAGCCAGCAAGAUCCAAGCUCACUGUCCUCUAAUCUGGAGUCCAUGUCUCCUAACGAGCAGUCUGUUUCAACCAAUGAGCUUUCAGCACCGAAAUCUGUGGACGCAGCAUCCAUGACUCCGUCGGCGACCACGGAAGAAUGGGACACGGAGAGCUGCGACACCGCUGAGGGAAAACAAGGCACAGACAAAGAUGUGCAGAGAAGCAGCAGGAAACCAGCGCACGUGAAGAGUAAAGCUAACAAAGCGACAAAGAGCAGCGGAGGUCGCGGCGUUCGAACGCUGACCAGCAACGAGAGCCAGGGCAUGCGGAAAGUUGUGCCUAUUAGCAAGCUUACGAGGCCGGGUAGCAGCAAGCACGGAGAGAGGACUUUGGCGCACGACAGUGGGGAGUCACGCCGGCCUCUCCGAGAUCAGAGCACCCCGGCAAGAGGAAGGAGCGAGAAGACCACAAGACCUCCUCGACACUCCAGUCUGCCUCCCGACGAGUCAAAAGCUCAGAGGGGAAGCAGCACGAGCGGCGUUUCAAGAUGGGCACGUGAUUCGACCCCGAAGAAGGCCUCCACCCACAAGCCGAGCGCCAAACCCCUGAGGAACAUCCCCAAGCCUCCUCCGGAGGAGAAAAUGUGCCGCUCCACCAUGAGAGCCUUGGCCCAGGCCCAGGCUCAGGCUCAGGCUCAGGCUCAGGCCCAGGCUCAGGCCCAGGGUGGCGCUUCCUCUGAGAACAGCAGCUCACACACUCUCAGCGCAAAAAACACCUCCGACGUCCCCAGCUUUGCCCGUAACACCGUCGCUUCGACCUCCAGGACCAAGAAGGAGCUGGGCCCCCCGUCCGUCCCCUCCACCCCAUCUCGCAGCCCCUCGCUCCUGGGUCGACAGUCCUCCGUGAAGCAGAACAGGGUAUCACCCACAGUCCCCACCAGCGAGGAGCGGCCACAAGGGACAAACCUGCGGCGAGUGCAAAGCGUGAAGGCCGCCAGUCGAAGCACCUACCGCAGCGAGACCCCGCCUCCGACACGUGAGGAUAUUCGCAAGACUAAUAGCUUUUCCGAAAAGGCGAUGACGCCCAGCAGAAGUGCUAAACCGAGCUGGAAAUAA